UUAUAUUUUAUUUAUUAUCUUAUCAUAGAAUAGUUAUUUUGAUCACAAUAAAAUUUUUUUUCGGUCUUUAACCAUUUAUGAAUUUGACCUAGCAUCCUCUCACUAUUAGAAAUUAACAACGCGAUCCUCAUCAAUUCUCUCCGUGUGACCAAAAGGACCCUCUUGUCGGUUUACGGGUAAAAAAUAACUGGAAGAUCCUAUCUGUACCAGUAACUGUUAUACGUGAACUGAGUGUUGUUGAUAGGAUAGAAUCUAUGUACACAGUCAUCAAAAACGCUGCAGUUUUGAUUCCAGUUCUUAAUGAGAGUACUAUCAAAUGUUAAUGUGAACCCUAAAUAUCAAAUCUCACAUUGCCUUCAGUGAUGAACACGGAAGAACAUUCAUCAGGAUCAAUCCGUCGUUUAUGGAAAGAGAAGUCGACGGGAGCUUCAAGCGACAACUCUGGCAAUGUUGGCAUGGUAAGGAAGAACUUCACACAUCCAAGCUGUUAUUGUGGAGCUCAUGCGAUUCUCUUUGAAUCCACCACAUCAAAUAAUCCAAAUAUGUUGUUCUUUGGUUGCAGUUAUUUCAAGACUCCUUCAACACAUUGCAAAUAUUUUAAGUGGCUGGAUGAGCUGAUAACUGAGUCUGGUUAUACGGUGGUAGAAGUCCAGAAGAUGGAAGUUCAUGGGAGAUUGAAGAAAUUGGAGGACAAAAUUAAAGAGAUGGAGAUUAAGCUAUAUGAUGGAGUUCAUGGAAGAAGAUACACAAGACAGAAUAGAUGUGUUAUCAUGGCAUUUGUCAUUGCUGUUGUUGUUGAAUUUUUUAUUACUGCACUUUAGUCUAAUAGGAUGUAAAAAAAUUGUAACUUAUUUUGGAUGUUGAUGUUAUGAACUAGAUGCACAUUA